AUGCCAGGGUACCAGAGCGCCUCAGCUUCCUUGGUAUGGCUUCUGUUCACAGGUCAGUCCAAGUGGUUUAGCCGUUUUGACUCGAAAACAUCUGAAUGGAGCAAAGGAUCAUUCCCUCUCGUCAUCAGUAAACUUAAGGUGGAAGACUCCGCCACUUACAUCUGUGAGGUGGAGAACAAGAAGAUGGCAGAGGUGGAGUUGUGGGUGUUCAAAGUGACUGUCAGUCCGGAUACCCGCCUGCUGCAGGGACAGAGUCUGACCCUGAGCUUGGAUAGCAGCUCUAAGGUCGCUAAACCCUCAUUUGAGUGCAAAGGCCCACGGAAUGGAGUUGCCACACACUCCAAAGUCUCUGUGCCCAACCUAAGGAUUCAGGACAGUGGCACCUGGACCUGCAGUGUAACCCAGAACCAGAAAAAGGAAACAGUCAAAAUAAACAUCGUAGUGCUGGGCUUCAAGAAUUCAUCUACCAUAGUCUAUAAGAAGGAGGGAGAGCCUGCCGAGUUUUCCUUCCCACUUACCUUCCAAGAUGAAAACCUGCAGGGGGAGCUGAUGUGGAGGGCAGAGAAGGCCUCCUCCCCCGGACCCUGGGUCACCUUUUCCCUGGAGAACAAGAAGGUGGCUGUGCUGAAGUCUUGGGGCACCGCCAAGCUCCAGAUGAAGGAAGAGCUCCCGCUCCACCUCAAGAUACACCAGGUCUCGCUGGACAACGCUGGCUCUGGGAACCUGACUCUAACGCUGGCCAAAGGAAAACUGCGUCAGGAAGUGAACCUGGUGGUGAUGAGACUGAUUCAGAAAAACAACACUUUGACCUGUGAGGUGAAGGGACCCACCUCCCCCAAGAUGAGACUGACCCUGACGCUGGAGAAUCAGAAACACAGAGUCUCCAAGCAGGAGAAGGUGGUUCGAAUGCCGGCCCCCGAGCCAGGGCUGUGGCAGUGUGUACUGUACGAAGCAGAAGAGGUCAAGAUAAUGUCAGAUACGCAGGUUUUAUCCAGAAGGCUGAACCAGAACCAGCCAAUGUUCCUGGCUGUCGUGCUGGGGGGCACCUUCAGCUUUCUGACCUUCGUGGGACUCUGUAUCCUCUGCUAUGUCAAGUGCCGGCACCAACGGCGCCAGGCAGAACGGAUGUCUCAGAUCAAGAGGCUCCUGAGUGAGAAGAAGACCUGUCAGUGUUCCCAGUAA